UUUAAAUCCGGCUCGGAGGCGCGUCAAAAGUGAAAAGUGAAAAACCAAGAGUAAUUAUGCAUCAAUGUCCAGAUAGCAUACACAAUUUUUAGCAAUGUGAUAAAACAGUUGCGGACUGUAAAUAUGCGCGGCGCAUUUCUCUACUACUGUAACAUUAAUUGCGCUUCGACUGCGACUCAAAUUUUGCUGCAAAGAUGAGGCGAUCAGGUGGCGCGCCUAAAAAGUGUACAACAAACACGAAAAAAAAGUGGUGUGCGUAAAUCAAAUGUGCAACGGCAGCGUGUGUAAAAGUGUAGUGUACAAUAUCAAAAAGGAAUAACGUGAAAAUCGCAGUAAAAGGAAGAGAGUAACAAAGAGUACACCAAUACAGACGUACAUGCCAACAACAGCACCAACACCAACAACACCAGCACCAAUCCCAGCUCACUCACGCACACACACACACUCACACAUACGCACACAGAAACACGAAUUAAGGCAUCGUAAACGUUGUCGCUUGUUAUCCUGCUUGCUUAUUCCUGUUGCCUCGUCGUGUGAUCCUUUGUCGCUGGUCUCAAAGCAGCAGCUGUCCGGGUCGUGUUUCUGUUAUCCAUUUGCACUCUCGUCCCUCGUCGUCAUUUAUUAUACGCUGUCCUUGAAGCUCGUCGUGCUCUUAAGUGUGUGCAAAAACCACAAACCAUAAGAAAAACAAAAACAACAACAAAAGGAGAAAAAAGUGUGCCCAGUAGAAAGUAAAGCAUCAAUACAACAAUAUCAAAAUGCCGCCAGCAUUAAUUGGCAUCUCUGAGUUUGUGGAGGAGACGCGCGAUGAUUACAAUUCGCCCACCACAUCCACAUUUGCGUCCCGCAUGCCGGAUUGCCGUCAAACGAUUAGCAUAUUGGAAGAGCGACUGGAAUUCGAUCGCGAUGGUCUGACCAAACUCAAGAAGGCCGUUAAAGCCAUACAUAACUCUGGCAUUAAUCAUGUGGAAAAUGAAAUGAUUAUGGUGCGGGGACUGGAGCGUCUGGGGACCAAGGUCAUUGAUCAGGAUGAGCCCGACAUUGGAGCAGCGUUUCUCAAGUUCUCUGUAGUCACCAAAGAGCUCAGUGCGCUGAUGAAAACACUGAUGCAAAAUAUCAACAACAUUGUCAUGUUUCCGGUGGAUUCGAUGCUAAAGAGCGAACUGCGCGGCGUCAAAGGCGAUAUGAAGCGUCCAUUCGAUAAGGCGGCCAAAGAGUACGAGGCCAAAUUUAUCAAAAUUGAGAAGGAGAAAAAGGCGCAGGCCAAGGAGGCGGGCAUGGUGCGAACAGAGAUCGAUGCCGCUGUCGUUGCCGAUGAAAUGGAAAAGGAGCGUCGCCUAUAUCAGCUGCAUACCUGCGAGUAUCUGCUCAAAUACAAAGAGAUCAAAACAAAAACUGGCAUUGAGCUGCUGCAGCAUUUCAUCGAGUAUUAUCACGCGCUGAAUAAUUACUUCAAAGAUGGACUGCAAACGAUCGAACACUUUGGCACGUACAUUGGCGAUCUGAGCGACAAGCUGCACGUGAUCAAGCAGAAGCAGGACGAGGACAGGCGCAGUUUGCUGGAUCUGCGAACAUUGCUGCGCAGCACACCGGACUUUGAGCGGGUGGACAAUGCGUCCACGUCGGAGAAUCGCAGUGGUGGUGGUGGCGGUGGUUUUGGUGGUUCGGGUGCCGGCUACUCGUUGCAUCAGCUGCAGGGCGACAAGCAUCACGGGGUCACGCGUCAGGGUCAUUUGCUCAAGAAGAGCGAGGGCAAGGUGCGACGCGUGUGGCAGAAGCGUCGUUGCCGCGUCACCAGCGACGGAUUUCUGGACAUUUGUCAUGCGGACGAAUCAAAGCCACCGACGCGAGUUAAUCUGCUCACCUGCCAAAUUAAACCGGUGCCAGAUGAUAAGCGUGGCUUCGAUCUAAUCAGCUACAAUCGACCGUAUCAUUUUCAAGCUGAGGACGAGGCGGAUCAGAAGGCUUGGAUGGCUGUUCUGGUCAACUGUAAGGAGAAGGCACUGACCAAGGCCUUCCAGCAUGCCAAUCCCCAGAUGAGCCCCAGCCUGGUGGAGCUGCAGAAGACGGUGAUUCGCUAUGUGCAACUGCUGCCGGGCAAUGAUAGAUGCUGCGAUUGUGGCUCACGUAACGAUGUCACCUGGAUUAGCCUCAACUUUGGCAUCCUCGUCUGCAUCCAAUGCUCGGGUGUGCAUCGUGAUCUCGGUGUGCAUCACUCGCGCAUCCAGAGCCUAACGCUGGACAAUCUGACCACUGCGAAUCUGUUGAUUGCACGUGCCAUGGGCAACAGCACACUGAAUGACAUUAUGGAGGCCAAGCUGGGCAGGGGCAAGCUCAGUCAUGAGAGCAGCAUGGAUGAGCGGUAUGAUUUCAUACGCGCCAAAUAUGUGGCCAAGCGCUAUGUGAUGCGCACCUGUGCCGAUGACAAUGAUCUGCGCUGCGAUCUGGAGCAGGCAAUUGUCCAUGCGGACAUGAGCCAACUGCUGCAGGUGUGGGCAGAGGGUGCCGAUCUCACCUGCUGUUUGCCCAGCUCCGAUGCGGGCGAAACUGCCCUCCAUUUGGCCGUGCUGCGUGAAAGCGGCUCCACGCUGCACAUUGUUGAUUUUCUCAUACAGAAUAUGCCGCCCAAUGGCUUGAAUCGAGCCACCAAUCCGCCCGGCCUGCUGGAUGUUACCGGCAAAAAUACAUCGCUGCAUCUCUGUGCACUGCACGAUCGUCAGUGCAUGAAACUGCUCCUGCGCUCCGGCGCCGACUACGAGCUACGAAAUUCACAGAACAAAACAGCGCUGGACAUUGCCAAAGAGAUGGGUCACAACAGCUGCAAGGAGCUGAUUGAAUGUGCCAUAAAGCGGGAGAAGAGCGCCUUUGAUCACAUCAACACCGAUUGGAAUCUGCCCAACGAGGAUGGCUCCACAGAUUUCAGUGACGAUGAGACUGUCAUCGAUGAGCGCAAGUCUCGCUCACGUCCACCCAGCUUUGCUGGUGGCGAUUCGCCAGUGUUGCGGUCACGAUCCUCCACUUGCGAUUCCAUACAGUCCAGUUCUAGUCCAAUUGCCAAUUGUCCAAGUCGCCAGUUUACGCUGCCCAGCUAUACGCAAUCCGCUGGCACCUCACCCAAACAGCACACGAAUGUUGGCCAGUAUUUGGGCAGUGGCAACAACUUGGGCAUUGUCAGCGCCAGCAACAGCGGCAAUAAUGUUGGCGUUGGCGCUGGUGGUGUCGGUGGUGGUGGUGGUGGCUCUAGUCCCAGUUCCGCUUGUAGCCAAAAUGUGCGUGCAACUCGCAACAGUUUGAAUAUGCAAAGCGAGCUGGCGCAUGUGACGGGCGCCCGCAAAUCCACGUCAACAGCCAACAUGAACUCGUUAAAGAAGCGCGCUGCUCCUGCACCGCCGCCCGGCACUUUGAGUGGCGCACCCACAAGUAUAUUCUACGGCACUUUGCCGCAUCCGCCCAGGCACUCGCAGAACAUGGAUGCGAACGACAUACGCACCAUCAAUCACAAGAAUCAAUCAAUGGACGUGGCAUAUGGCACGUUGCCCCACAUGCGCAGCGUGGAGAGCUCACCGCGAGCUACUGGAGCUGGUGGUGGUGGUGGUAGUGGCAGUGGUGCUGUUGCUGGAAAUGGCAGCAAUAGCAGCCUUAUGCCAAUGACCACAUUCGGCCAUAAGCGGUCACCCAGCGGCGAGUCACUGAAUCGUAAUGUUCACUUGGCUGGUGCAAAGCUGGUGCUGCCGCCCACUGGAGAGCUGCCCAUGCUCAAGCAUGUGGACAAAUCUGCGCUAGUGAGACCCAAAAUACCACCGCCCGGUCCGCCGGCAGAGCGCGAGAUACCAAAUGGUCAGUCAAACGAGAGCAUCAGCUCCAUGGAUGAGGGUCCGAUUGCGCCUCCACGCAAGCGCAAGCAACAAAACAUGUUGAGAUUAGAGCAUUCCAGCGAGGAAACGCUUAUCAAUCAAUCCACCAAUUUCACCGACUACGAGUCCUGGCACACGGAUAUGGACUCCUCUGGCGGCGGUCUGGAUCAUUCCGCCGAGUCGAAUGUCUCGUCUAGCGAUAAUGACAGGCUAAACUCAUCACCCGACAAUCCAUUGAAGAAUCCCAGCGUUGUUGGCACCGGUGCAAAAUUGCACUAUAAUGGACAACGGCGCUGUCGCGCGCUGUACGAUUGUGUGGCGGACAAUGAUGAUGAGCUGGAAUUUAAGGAGGGUGAAAUACUAAUUGUGCUGAAUGAGCGCACAGACGACGAGAACUGGAUGGAGGGAAUCAUUGAGGGGCAUCCGGGGAGACGAGGCAUGUUUCCCGUUAGUUUUGUGCAUAUGCUGCCAGAUUAAGUGGGUGAAUCUAUUUGUGUCUGUGUGUUUUUGGCUGAAAGUAUGUGUGUGAGCGAGCGAGUGUGUGUGUGUGUGUAUGUUUUUUGAAAAACCGUUUAUUAUUUAUUACAUUUUUUUAUUCACAAAAAUUACUACUGAAUGUAUUUAUUUAUUUAUUUUUUUGUUUUAUUUUGUGUAAGCACACACAAAGCUAUAAAAGUGUCACAAGCGGAUGCAAGUAAAGUAAAUCAUAUAAUUGAUAUUUAUUUCUUUUAAGAGCGCACCUAUUGAAAGUAUACUAUUAUACUUAUGUAAACACUUAUUGUGUAUAUUUCAAUUGAUAUUGUAUCCUUUCUAAAGCAUAUACUAUAAGUAGGCGCCGCUUUGAAUUGCUUUAACAACGGAAUAUGUCCUGCAAAUGUGUUAUAGCCUAUAGUUUCUAUCUAUAACUAAACCAACCAUACAAAUAACUGACUCUACUUGUUAGCCGAAAAAACAUCACGCUGUCCUCAAAAGCUACUCUCUCCUGUAUUGCUGUAAAAAUCAAAUACAUCAUUCGUUUGCACGGGAUCGGAAAAUUAUGAAAUUAUGUAUUGAUGUAUGCUUAACAAUACGCUGCCAUAUAUAAAUACAUAUACAAAACAUAUGUACUAACAAAACAAAAAAAAAAGCCGACCUGGUCUGGCUUCUUACUUUACAUAAACUCGUACACAAAUUAUGUAAUACUGUUGAUGGAUUUAAAUGAAAGUUUAUAAAACAACGUUAAUUCAAAAGUUUACUCAGAUUAAAGCUUAACUCAAUUGCGAACGUAAAACUAAAGCCCAAAUGCUAUUACAUAUAAAUAAAUAUAUAUAUAUAUAUU